GGAAUUCUGUGCAGCAUGUUUUCUGGAUGGAACUGGGUGGCCCAUGGCUUAUAUCUGAUCUUGAAUAUUUGUUCUCUUGAAGUUUUAGGUGGACUUGUACAGUCAUGUGGUCACAUCAUCCCGGAGUCUCCUGUACUGGCCCUUGGUUCCAAUUUCACAGCAUUAUGCAUUUUGAAUGAGAGUUGUCUUGACUUUGGCAAUAUCUAUGCUAAUCAAAUUAUCUGGAAAGUUAAAAACAAAGUGGUACCUAAAGAACAGUAUCGUGAAAUAAACAGAACAGUUUCCAGUGUCACAUUUAAUGACACUUCUUCACUUGCUACUCCUCUGACAUGCAAUAUUUUAGCAGAUGGACAGAUUGAGCAGAACAUUUAUGGAAUUACAGUUACAGUAGGCUUGCCCCCAGAGAAGCCCAAGAACUUAAGUUGCAUUGUGAAUCAGCUGUCAAAACUCACAUAUCCUAUGACUUGUACUUGGAACCCUGGAAGGCAUACCUUCUUGGACACUUACUUUAGAUUGAAAUACAGAUGGCCACAAGAGGACUUUCCUGACUGUAUACCAAAAGAUGCAAACAAUUCUUGUACGAUUACUGAUGUACAGUUCUUUGUUAACCUGGAGGUCUGGGUCGAAGCAGCAAAUGCUCUUGGGAAGGCUGAAUCUGAUCCUCUUGUUCUUGAUCCCAUUGAGAUUGUUAAACCUUUAUCUCCACACAACUUAUCAGUCAACUCAGGAAUAUUACCUACUGUUCUGAAGCUUUCGUGGGAGAAUCGGAUUUCAGCAGCUGUGAUGAAGCUGAAAUUCAAUAUUCGCUAUAGGAUUACUGGUGACACAAACUGGAUGCAGGUUCCUCCUGAAGAUACAGCUUCACCAAGAACUUCAUUCAGUGUUCAAGGGCUCAGACCCUACACAGAGUAUAUAUUUUCAAUUCGUUGCAUGAAGGAAGAUGGAGUGGGCUACUGGAGUGACUGGAGUGAAGAGAAAACUGGGGUCACCACUGAAGAUAAACCAUCUAAAGGACCACACAUAUGGAGGAUCAUUGAUGCAUCUCACUCACGAGCUUCCUGGACUGUGCAUCUGCUGUGGAAGGCAUUGGAGCCAUUUGAAGCCAAUGGAGUGAUCUUGCAGUAUGAAGUGACUGUCAGAGCCAAAUCACCUCUCUCCAGUCCAAUAGAGAAAUACAAUGUUAGUACCACCAACCUUACAUUAAAGCUACCAAAUGGGACUUACGAAGUGACUGUGACUGCCCGUAACAGAGCCGGGGCAUCCCCUCCAUCAGUUUUACUUAUCCCAGCAAGUAAUUCAAAAGCUCCUGUGAAGAAUGUUAGAACACUACCUAAAGAUGGCAAGUUGUGGGUAGGGUGGACUGCUCCUAACAGUAAUGUUCUUAAAUAUGUGAUCGAAUGGUGUCUGGUGUCCAACAGCUCAGAGUGCAUCACAGAAUGGCAGAAUGAACCAGGAAACAUUCAAGGAACAUACUUAAAAGGUGAUAUAAAGCCAUUCAAGUGUUACUUGAUAACUGUGUACCCUCUGUAUGCCGAUGGUCAGGGAAGUGGACAGUCUGUGAAGGCUUAUCUUCAGCAGGGUCGUCCUUCAAAAGGACCAACUGUUCAGACAAAAAAAGUAGGAAAAGCUGAAGCUGUUUUGACAUGGAAUCAUCUCACAGUGGAUGAACAAAAUGGAUUCAUCAGAAGUUACACCAUAUUUUAUAAAACUAUCGAUGGAAAUGAAACAGCUGUGACAGUGGAUCCUUCCAAGACAGAGUACACCCUUUCUUCUUUAACUAGUGACACACUGUAUACGGUGCGGAUGAUGGCAUAUACAGAUGAAGGAGGCAGAAGUGGUCCUGAUUUUACAUUUACUACACAAAAAUUUGGGAAAGGAGAAAUUGAAGCCAUAGUUGUACCUGUGUGUCUAGCGUUCCUGUUGAUUGUGCUUCUUGGAGUUUUGUUUUGCUUCAACAAACGUGACUUAAUUAAAAAACAUAUCUGGCCUAUUGUCCCUGAUCCAUCCAAGAGUAACAUUGCUCAGUGGUCUCCUCAAGUUCCAGCUAAGCAUAACUUUAGUUCCAAAGAUCAGAUGUACCCAGAAGGCAGCUUUACAGAUGUAAGCGUCGUAGAAAUAGAAGCUGAUGACAAGAAGUCUUUUUCAGAACAAGAUCUAAAACCCUUUGACUUGCUUAAAAAGGAGAAGAGCACUUCAGAAGGGCACAGCAGUGGUAUUGGAGGAUCCUCGUGUAUGUCUUCUCCUAGGCAAAGUGUCUCUGACAGUGAUGAAGGUGAAACUACACAAAACACUUCAAGCACUGUACAAUACUCAACUGUAGUACUUAACGGCUACAGAGACCAAACACCGGUACAAGUCUUUUCAAGGUCUGAGUCAACUCAGCCACUACUAGAUUCAGAAGAGAGAUCAGAGGAUCACGGUGGAGGAGGUGACAGUACCACACAGAGGCAGCAGUAUUUCAGACAAAAGGGUGGUCAGGAUGAAACCAGCACAGACAGGGCAUGCUUUGAAAGAACAAAGCAAAUUGCUCCUGCUAAUGAGGGGGAUCUUGUUGGAUUUGCACAACUGCAGAUCUCAGGUCAGCGUUCACAGCCCUUGGGCCUUGGGCUGGAAAAAAAUACCCAGGAAGCUGCUCUAUCAGAUGUUUUACAGACAAGUACUGAAGGACAAACUGUGAGACCUGAAACAGUGGAAGGAAAUCCACCAAACCCACUGUCAAGUGAUGAAAUGCCAAAAAGUUACCUCCCGCAGACUGUGAGACAAGGGGGCUAUAUGCCCCAGUGAGAGAAGAGACUGGCUCUGCUUAGGCCUUCAUUAGUGCCUGUUCAACUUUCUCCUGUGUUUCAGAUAAAUUAAGCUAGGUAUUUUUGUCUGAAUGCAGAUAGAAAUACUGAAAUUAAGUGAAGAGUAA